UUCUGCUAAGUGUGGUGGGAUUUGCUCGUUAUCCGAUGUUUGGGUUCCUUCCCGAGCGAAAGGCAACCGUCGUGUGGUCCGACCGAAGCGACAACAAGUCCGAGGACAGUCCCUUGAAGAUAAGGGGGAGUUGGCGACACUUGCUGGCUGUGUCGCCGGAAGCGCCAUGGAUGAGGAGGAGCAGUUUGUGAACAUUGAUCUGAAUGACGACAAUAUCUGCAGUGUCUGCAAGAUGGAGACAGAUACAGGGACCUUAUCUUUCUGCCAUGUGUGCUUUGAACUCAGCAUUGAAGGUGUUCCUGCUGCCACCCUUUUGCAUUCAAAGUCUCUACGAGGCCACAGAGACUGCUUCGAGAAAUGUCACCUGAUCGCCAACCAGAAGCUGUCACACUCUAAGGUCUCCCGAAGUGCCUACGAGGGAAUGAAACUGGCCCUCAGCCAAAAACUGAAUCGUAUCAUCCAGUAUGCCCAAAACAAAGACAAUGUCCCUUCCAACGGCCUCAGCAGAUGCGGGUCCAGGCUUCUCUGUUACAGCCAACAGAGUGACCGCAAGCUGCUGCCUCAGUCGGAAGGCCAGGUGCCCCGCUACGCUCCCUGCUGGGAACCGGGGGGUGCCACGCGGCUACCCGACUACACCGUGGGGAUGCUGAAGUGCCACGCAGCCCAGGAAUUGAGGAUCCUCCAGAACUCUCAUGGGGACGUAUGGCCCAGUGGCGGCAGGAAAGCUCUGCACAUCCGGAAUCCACCAUCAGUGGGAGUGCAGACUGAGCGCAAACAUCAGGGCCAUAGCAGAGAUGAAUUGACUAAAAUGUGUGUGGAUGAACUCCAUCACUUGAACAACCAGCUUCUCAUGAAGAUUCAAAAGGUCUUCGAGGAGCUAACUGCGGCCGUGCAGGAGAAAGACUCGCUGGCGUCCGAGCUGCACGUGCGUCAUGUAGCCAUCGAGCAGCUCUUCAAGAACUGUGCCAAGCUGCCCUGGCUGCACAUUAGCAGGGCUGGGGUCAAGACCAGCACCAGCAGCAGCAACAGCGUCGGCGACCCCGUAGAGUGACAGUGCGUGUGCGAGUCUUUGGAAUAUUUUUAUACAUGUUUCCUGCAAUAAGGCUGAGAAAGGAAUGCCCUCAUUUGCGAGAUGCUGAGGGAACUGCACUGUGCUCAGCAUUAAGGGCUUGCUUGGUCCUCCUCACAGUUGUCGUGAGAAUACAAGGAUUCAUGUUGGUUUAGAAACAAACUAGUCAAAGUCCAAACUUCUCUGAAUGCACUUGGUUCCUCCUGUAUUUCAUUUUAUUUAGUAUUAUUUUAUGUGAAUAUAUAUAUGUAUAUAAUAUAUAUAUAUAUAUAUUUUUUUUUUACUGUUUCUGAUCUUCACACUCGCCAUUUUAUUUUGCUUGAAUUUAUGUUCUCAGUUGUUAUUGCACUUCUGCAACUUUAACAUCCAUUUUUUUUUAAAUAAACUUUUACAUAGACACACACACACAAAAAAACUGUGUGUGAAGAUUAGACUAUAUACGGUAUCAUAAAGGACCUUACAUUAUGCAAUAAGAUGAUUUAAGUAUCGUCCUGAAAAAAGCACAGGGAGAUGUGUCCAAAACACAGCCAAAGGCUUUAUAAAAGGAUAGCUUCUGACCUGUUGGGGUAUCCCUUCCAAGUAAUAGUGGGUCUUCAUUAGUUCAUUCAAGCUCACUCUGAAAACAAGUAUUGCUUUAAUAUGGAGAUGCAUGAGGAAAUGUCAAUGAUGUCUAAUUGUCAAACCAAAGUCUGUCCAAAUUAUGUGCUUUCACGUAUGAACUGCAAACACCGUGAACAGAUGUUGCCUGUGUGGAGUUUGCAUGUUCUCCCCAGGUACUCUGGUUUCCUCCCACAUCCCAAAAGCAUGUAUGGUAGGUUAAUCGAAGACUCUUGAAUUGCUCGUAGGUGUGAAUGUGAGUGUCAAUGCUUGGUUGUUUAUAUGUGCCCUGCGAUUGGCUGGCAACCAGUCCAGGGUGUACCCUGCCUCUCGCCCAGAGUCAGCUGGAAUAGGCUCCAGCACGCCGCCAACCCUAGUGAGGAUAAGUGGUAUGGAAAAUGGAUGGAUGGAUGGAUGGGAGAGUUUGUCCAUAAGGAUGAUUCAUUUCAUUUUUGUCCAGGUGAAGUGUUACAAAUGUGAGAGAGUUUUAUAUUCAUGCAAUACAUGAUACAAUGUUUUGGUUAGUUUAUGAAAUAACGCUACGCAAGAGAGGCAGAUAAUUUACAAGUUGUAUCUAAUACAAAUAUUUGUCUUCUGAGGAGGUCGCUUGGCUGCAGAAUCAGAUUCCCGGUUAGAAAUAUUGUAAAAAUGUUGGUGUAUUGCUUUCAUUCGCUCUUUGUAAGAGAUCCCAUUGAUUUGACCCUUUUGGGGGGUUUAGCUCCGUUCUAAAUGUCAUUUUUGUGUGUUUUUAAGAUUUGUUUUUAAUGUAGCCUGUGUGUCUAAAGUUGGUUUGAAAUAUGGACGCUGUGUAUUUUUGUAUAGUGUGGGAAAAUGGCUAUAUCCAUAUAUGCCUUCGUCAGUAGAAAUCCUCAACUGGAAACUUUUUUUCGUUUGACUUUAUUUUGAUCAAAGCUUUAUUUGUGUCAUGCGAUCUUUUUUACUUACUAUUUAUUUUGUGUGUGUAUAAUGGUGGACUGUACAGAGCUUGUGUAAUUUGUGCUUUUUUAUUUUUAAUAAAAUUAUAUUUUUUGGUACAGUA